CAAACCCAUGCAGGAAGUUGCAUAAUAUGCAUCUAAAAAUAGUUCCAUUGAAUUCAGUGUGACAAUUCCAAUAAGUAAUACAUUUUCUAGCAAAUUAUGGCGGUACUUUCAAGUACUCUUUCUUUGAUAAAAUUGGUCAGGUCACACUGAUGAAUACACUAUUUAAGUCCUACCCUUACUAACUUGAUCAGUUCGAGUUCUUGUUUGCAUGUAACGACAUAUUUUAUUCUCUUGUUUUAGCUUUAUUCUCAUGUGACAUUGAAUUUUUUCUGGUUAUAAUAGGCAAUGCAUGACAGGUCAGUUUAAAACAUUAUUGAACAAAAUGUGUUUUAAGUAUACUCUAAAACAUAUACUAGUAUAAAAAAAAUUGUUGAAUAGAGUGGUUUCUUUUGUACUCUAAACCUAUACUAAUACUUCAAUAGGCUUUAAAUCUAAGAAAACAUUGUCUCGAAACAAUGCACGUUUAUCCCGAAGUACUCAACAUUGAAGAUAUGUCGACUAACUUUCCAAGUUUUACUGUAACUACACAAUCUGUAAAAAGCUGAAGUGUGUCUAAAGUACGCAACUGUCUGUCCAACAAGUAUAUCUUCUUUAACAAUACCAGUUGGGUUCUUACGUAGUGACGCAGAUGACUGGCUACGUUAAUGUGAUUGUUUUUAUUUAUAUUGAUUUAAUAUGGAAUGUUACAACGCCGGCUAAUUGCAGUACAACCAACUAUUGCUAAGAAGGUAAUUAAGAAGUCAACACCUUCAGCUGUAAUAAACUUUAUACCACCCAGUAUUGUUCAAGUUUAGCAAAUGUUUGACUAUAUCUUUAAGAAUGAAAAUUUGCAUUUCCAUUUCAUGGGACAAUGAUAUGUCCGUGGGUGGCCGUUCCUAAUGUGAAAAGCUGUAGUUUGCAUUGGUCUUGUUUCAGAAUGGUUGCAAAAUUAAUAUAUUCAUCUUUUGAUUCUACUUUAUUAAAUGCACUGUAUAUGAUAACCUAGAGCUGUGUAAAACUAUUUACUAUCGACUGACUUUAAAUUGACAUAACUCGCUCAAUAUGAUUAACAAAUGAGUCUUAAGCAUCGUGUUAGCGAAAGCGUUUAACUGCCUAAGCUUGUCAUGGUCGUAAAACAAUAAAUGUCAUUACUGCCUGUCGAAAUGGUGUGAAUACUGCAGUGGCCACAGUUGUCCGAGGUGACAUUUCUUGUAAAGACCAAAUGGAUACGGUUGACGAAUGUGGGUAUUCCUUUUAAUGCUAAUAUGUUCUUAACAAUAAGACUGAUUUUUAUUAACCGCAAACGCCAAGUAUGCUUAAAAAUUCUGGAAUGACACAAGACACAGAAAAAUGUCGAAAUUGUCUUCGAUGUUAACUGUAUUGGUAUAAAAAUAUGGAAGUUUUUCAUAAUAUCACAAGAUAUAAAGUAAGACAAAGUAAACAACUUGCAGAAUAUGCGUGCGGGACCUGAUUGAAAAUUUAAAAAAAAACACAUCUGAGCUUUAUUUAAUUAAUACUAGUUCAAGAGGACAAAAACUCAUUGCGCAGAAUAAGAUUCACGCAGCUAAGAUCUAUACGCAAAUACCUUAUCCUGUAAGUGCAGUAGGGGUCAGAAUAACUCACGACAUAAUCCAGUGCACUUAAAUGAUAGCAACAUAUGCAAGGUUACAGUGACACUGGGGCAAGGAUAAUUGUUUGAAUGAGAUUAGUAAGCUUACUGAUCUCACGUCUACCAAGGCUAUAUAAGACCAAUGGAUAACAUGGCAAGUGGCAUACCUUAUAUUGGAAUAUUUUUCUGCUUAGCAUUACAAGUGGUUGACUGCUGUAAUAUCUUUCCAUUUGACGAUUCCCGGUGUUAUGUAGAGCUCGUGAACAGUCAGUAUAUAGUCCGCAGUCUCCCUGAAGGCACUCACGUGGACAUCAUUAACUGUAUCCUGGUCAGUGGAGAACUUCACAAUCCCCAUCACGUACACAGAACUGAAUGUAGUAAAGCAUUAAACGGACACACGGUUUACGUUUCUUCUGAUGGAAUCAAUCAAGCCAGAAGCGUAGAAUUGAAAAGAGACACUAACUCAAGCACAAACAAUUCGCAUAGUUCUCAUCAUUACACGUGUUACCAUGGCCAUUCUUAUUAUCGAGACGUGUUUAGAGAAGCAGAACAUUCAAAUUGUCACAGAACAUAUUCAGUGAUCAACAAACUAGAUUAUCUCCGCCGGAACGACCACAACUGUCUGUUCACGCUAGUCAGAGAGAUGGCAGGUUUGAGACUUCCAAACUGCGAAUGUUCCAAUAGUUCAUCAAACGUAUAUUACUCUUUUACGGAUCGGGAUGACAAUUACCACCAUCAUCAUAUGACCAAUCAUGUCUACAAAGAAAUCAUCACAAGCUAUUUAUCGCACGUGCCUUACAAUCAUGGAGUGAAGGAACCUUCUUCUAAAUGUCAUACAAGAAAUCAAUUCUGGCAAGACCUUCUACGGUUGCUGAAUUCGGAUGUUUAUUGUUUUUAUGGAUUUAUUUAUCAUAUGAGAGAAGCCUUUCAUGCUCACUCAGAACCACCAUGUACUUCAUGUCACAGUCCUACUACUAACACCAAUUUUGAUCACAACUAUGAAGCUUACAUCAAGGGAGACUGUUUGAGCGAACACACAGUCUGGUCAUUUCUAAUGGAAGAGAAUUCGAAUCAUUAUUUCGGACAGAGCAGAGAACAACUAGUUGAACAGAUGGCAGCUCUUUAUUCUGAUGGUACUGACAAUAAAUGCAUUUGUUCUAAAAAGUUUGAUCUUAAUUACCCAUAUCUGCCUUCUGAAGAUUAUCAAUGGGCUCGGACAUGUAGGCACAGCGAUUCACAUUACCAUACUUCAUUUGCAAAUGCUAUAACCCAUCUGUUUGGUCACUAUUCCCACCACCAUUCCACACAGACGUGUCAUUCACAUGCAGCUGUUUGGCAGGAGCUGAAUCGAAUUCUGAAGCAUGAUCAUCACCCUGUCCACUGUCUUGAAACUCUCGUCCAUAUUCUCCAGAAAGCCGUACAUGAACAUGGAGACCCCUGCAUUUGCAAUCCUGUUGCUUCAACUACAAGAACAACUAACACAUCCACAAUGAUUACCCAUCACACACCCACUCACUUAACAACAACACAACCAACUAAAACAACAUCACACCCAACAGCAUCAACCGCUCAAUCAAACGCAACAGCAAUACAACAAACUGCAACAACAUCAUGGCAAACUAACACAACAACACAUCCAACAGCAUCAACUGUUCAAUCAAACACAAUAACCAUACAACAAACUACAACAACUUCACGUCAAACUAUAGCACAAUCACCUUCAACAACUGAAAAAAAAACUACAACUGCACAACCAACUACAAAAACCACACAAAAAUUUGCAUCAAUUACAAAUCCAACUACAACAACUGCACAACCAGCUGCAAUGACAUCACAGCCUGCAACGGCAGCAGCUACGCAACCAACGUUUAACUGGGUGACGCUUAAAAAUACAUCAUCAUCCACAGUAGCUGUAGCUCAUACUACGGAGUGUUCGAAAAUUCUUAUAAUUGAGGAACUUGCCAAAUACCAACAGAUGUACCCCGAGUUUAAUACUGACUGUUCAAAUCAAAUUUCUGCGUCAAAUUUGAUCGUUAGAAAACUGUGCCCUUCUGUUCCUGUAACUCAGAUUUGGAAACCUGGAUUCAAGGUAACCGAGUCAUGUGACAUUUUGAAGAGCUAUAUUCCCGUGGCGACCUUUACCCCAUCUUCUGAGUACCCCCCAGACGGACUUGCUGGAGUGUUUCUUGGUUGUACUGAUUCCUCAAUAAAGAUUGCAACACAGGAGUGUGGUGAACGGUUCAGCAUACUGGAGCUUCUACGUCAACCCGCUCAGUCUGAAAGUUUUACCCACACUGCUUCAAAUUAUCACGUUGUUAUGUUCUGAUUUGUCACAAAUCUAAGAUCCAACAAAGAUCAUGUCUACGCUUUAUCAAACAAUUUACGUUUAUUCAUUCUUCAUAAUUACGCAUUGUAUCUUAUUAAAAACGUAUAAACAGAGUGUUCUGUAGAGUGCGCCAGAGUUGAAGUUGAAAUAUUACACCAAAAUGUCAUGUAUGAAUAGUUUUUAACAAACUUGUUGGAAUAAAGUGGUAUGGAAAUGAU